AUGGCUACUACCCACCUGACCUGGCUCAUUACUGGCUGCUCCUCUGGCUUUGGCCUUUCCCUAACCCGCGCCGCCCAGGCUGGGGGACACAAGGUCAUUGCGACCUCGCGCAAUCCAUCGCGUACCCCGGAGCUGGUUGCCGAGAUCAAAUCCAAGGGAGGCAAAUGGGUCCAACUUGAUGUGGACAGUCGCGACAGCGGCGAGAUAAUCACUGAGCUGGAGAGCCGUGGCGACCAUAUCGAUGUGCUAGUCAACAACGCCGGCUAUUCCAUCUACGCCCCUAUUGAGACUGUUGACGAGGAGGAGGUAAGAACCCAGAUGGAGACUAUGUACUUUGGUCCCUUACGUCUCAUCCGUGCUAUUCUGCCCCAUAUGCGCCAGCGAAAGUCUGGCGUGAUAGUCAACAUGAGUAGCGGUGCUUCGCUUGACGGGAUUCCCACUAUGGGAGUAUAUGCGGGUGCAAAGGCUGGAUUGGACGCCCUCACCAAGAUUCUCGCUAAAGAGGUUGCCCCAUUCAACAUUCGCACCCUGACUGUCAUUCUCGGAACCUUCAACACCAACAUGCCUCACUCGGUAGUUCUGGGCAAGACUCCCUUGCCGGAGGGCUACAAGGGAACCUUCACCGAGCAAGUUCGGGGUCUUUUGAUCAGUGGGGCGAUCAAGCCCAAUGGUGACAAGGACAAAGCAAUGCAGGCCGUGUACCAGGUCGUUACUGGUGAAGGAUAUGGUGAAGGUCGCCAAACGGAGAAGCUUCUCCCUCUGGGCAGUGAUAUGACCCCUCGACUCAAAGGAGUCCAGGAAUACCUCGGCCAUGCUUUGGGGGUGUUUGGCUCUGCAACCAACAGCGUGGAUGUCGAUAAAUAG